CAUGUCCUCUUCCGGCUCCCGUAGACAUUCCUUCACUGUCAGUUAGCGUGUGGUGACAGAUUCCCAUCGGUGAGCCGACCAUCCAGCUGCAAUUGUAAACUAUGGAAGAGAUUAAUAACAUUGAAGUCACUCCGUGCACAGAGUCCGAUUACCUGAAACCGUUCCGGGUGCAUUAUAACCAGAAUGGCACAAAGAAAUCCUGGGACUUCAUGCGAACCCAUGAUAGUGUGUCAGUGCUGAUCUUCAACACCAGCUCACACUGUUUUGUCCUCGUCAAGCAGUUCCGCCCAGCUGUAUUCAUGUCUGAGUGGGAAAGGGCCAAGACGCAGCCGCCUCAGCUGGCUGAAAAAACCGAGGAGGGCGAACCCGAGGCCGCCGCCGCCGCCGCCCCUGCCCCCGAGCCUCAGGAGGGCCAGUCGGCCUCAGAGGGGGAGAGCUCUUCUCAAUGGCCCCCGGCCUCAGCGGGGGUCACCUACGAGCUGUGCGCCGGGCUGGUGGACAAACCCGACCUGUCCCUGGAAGAGAUCGCUCGGCAGGAGGUGCUGGAGGAGUGCGGCUACGAUGUGCCGGCCUCUAAGCUGAAGAGGAUUACUUCUUACAGGUCAGGCGUCGGCGUAACAGGGGCCAAGCAGACUAUGUUUUACGCCGAGGUGUCUGAUGACAACUGCGUGAGUGCAGGUGGAGGUGAGCCACGGGAGGGGGAGCUUAUCGAGGUGGUCAAAGUCCCGCUGCACGAGGCCAUGACGUUCGCCUACGACGAGCGUAUACCCAAAACCAUGGGCGUCAUUUUUAGUUUCAUCUGGUUCCAUAAUAACAUGUCUCCCAAGUACAAGAUCUCCACCAAUGUGUAACUAGUAUUAAGCAACCAUCUUUAUACCGUUUAUUCCAAAUGAAGUCAAACACUGGCCCAGCACAUCCACUCUUCCCCUCAUGGCUCUUCAUCCAGUAUUGCCUUUUUGCUUAUUGGUACUUGAUGAAAGGUGGGCCCCUCGUCUUGUUGCCAACAGGUAUCUUUCAUUUUCGUCCUGUUAACGUUUUUAAGUUUCAUGGGGUCUUAAUAUUUUCCCUUAAAAACAAAUUUGCCAUAGCUGGUUGUCACUGGCACGUUGAUGUCUUGAUGAGUUUUUUGUGGUCUGUCGAUCGUUUCAUUUACUGUGCCAUCUGUUUAUAAAUGGCUGCAUAUCACUGAUUUAAUUUGCCUGCCCUUGAUUAAAGGAACGCUCCACUGCUUUUAGUGUAGGUUCUUGAAAGUUCUCUGCAUUUAUAGAAGCAAGCAAGCAUUUAAGUACAUCUGAUAUUGGCGCAACAAAAGGAAAAUAAACAAACUCGUCGAACAUGUCUUAAGCAUUCCUACAACUCCCAGCAUUCAUUGCAAACUCAGUGAUGCCGACCAGCCAUGUCAGCCAUGCUUUGCUUACAUUUAGCAUGCAAAUAUUCUUAUUGGAGUUCAUGCAAACAGUUCCACUUGCCUGACAGUGUGCAGGAGGACCUUUAAUAUGAAAAUACACAUCAUGGGAACAACAGCAUCUUUUUAUACUGGUCAUUACAUAAACCAUUAAAGAUACUGAGAAGGUAACGAUGCAAAAACCGAACAGUGGAGUAUUCCUUUAAUCCAUCAUCCAGUAAUGCAAAAACUAUACUAGUCAGUGGUGGGGCCUUGUAACGAUUGAGGUGUUAGGUGUGUUUUAACCACCACUUGUUCAUGCAUGCCUCAAUAGUUUUCUCUGAUCCACAGCCUUUAAGCAAUACUUCUGAUAGUACCCUGGGCUAAACAAUCACUCAGUGUCAAUCGUCGUUAAGUCAAACCAGUGGACAUAUUGGCAGACAUUUUAUUCUACAAGCCACGUGGGAAAUGGGAUUUAGGUAUUGUUUCACUUCACCUACCUGCCCCUGCACCGAAGGUCUCGCCUCACUUUCAAGUGUUAUUGUUGUCAAGCAAAAACCUGCAAUGGGUUACCGAUAUUUGGGCUGUAACAUGUCAGUGAAUAGCUUUCAUUUAGUUCUUGAGUUUUGGUUUAGAAGUGAGUCCUUUUUGCAUCAUUUUUAUCAUCAUUACAAGUGAGUUCCUUUUACACACGCCAUGUCAAGGUUACAUUUUCAACUCAUUAAUGCAGGUGUAGGAGCAUUCAUAACAGGACUUAAACCCAUAGAGACAUUUUUAGAGGCUCUGCAUUGUAAAUCCGGGAGGGUCAUUGACACACAAAUCUCACACAGUCAAUCUCAACAGCAGUUUGCCAAAAUCUCAGGUCCAAAUAGUCAAACGUUUGGUCAUAUUCAGGGUGGGUCUCUGGAUGUGAUGAUGACCAGCAUGUGGUUAUGUUGACAUAACACAAUUCUCACUAUAUGUUAUUAUUCUUCUUCAUUCUAAAAGGGCUGGUACUUCAUUUCUCAAUCAAUAUGUGAAAAGAAAGCAAUUCCCCCACCUUGUAGUUUUCUUAAAAAUAUGCAAAGUUCAAAGACCAUUUUUAGAAAAUUUCCGCUCGGACAUAACACAUUCAUUCAUAACACAUCUCAUUAUUUACACGUUAUUACUGUUUGCCAUAAGAGAGCGACUCUUCUUGGUGCACCUCCAGAGUUUGAAAUAAGGAAAUUUGUUUGACAAAAUUAAUGCUUAAUUGUAGUUUGUUUUUAAUAUCACCUUGAAUAUAUAUAUAUAGAAGGUUAAAUCCUAAACCUACUAUUUCAAACAAAAACAACCAUAAUAUUACAGAUGAUGUAUUUGUCUCUUCUUUGGUGAAUGAAACAAUAUUUCGGGUAAAGAUGAGCAUCAUCCAGGAUUUUUUUUUUGUUCCUGUGUUUUUCAGUUGAGGAACAACUGACAAUCAAAUGUGAGCAUUUGUCUUCUGUAACCCAUAAAACCUUGUGUUUUGGUAUUUUUUUUAAAUGUGUUUCUGGUGUACGUUUCUAUUGAGUCUCACUGUGCAUCAGCAUUGGGCAUCUCAACGCUUGAAUCUGCUGUGGCUUGAGCUCUUAAUUGAUUGAUUUAAUCUGCACAAACGGUGAAGAGAACUUGUAUCAACCAACCACUAAAUAUGUUUUUCAUAAUUCAAUCAAAUCUGUCCACCCAGACUGUAUAGGAAUAUAUGCAGAACCCUUAAGCCAUAUUUAGCUCCCCCUGAACCCUGAUCAUUAAGCUCCGUAACCUUUGUGUCCAUCAAAGUUCAUUUCUUGAUGUACAAUUGUACAGUUUGCUGGAACUGCUUGAAAUGAUUUAAUUUUGUUGAUUUUCUUUGGACAAACAAAGAUGACUAAUAUGUUGAUUCAUAUUCUCUCAAAUUAACAACCAAACCUGAUGUCUUUCACUAAAUCAAAUUUUCUCUUUUGAUAUCAGACGUGAAUUUGGAUGCAACAUUUCUAAUGCAUACAAACUCAAACUACAGGACGUAUCUACUUUAAGAAGUUUGCAAACAUGUGUAUUGCACCUUUAGAUACCCAUGAAGUGACCAAUUAAUAACUUGUGGGUAAUUUUUUUUAAAAGGACGUAGACACUAGCCAUGUUUCCAUUCUCACAUCUUUGCGCAUUUUGAACGAUUACAGUAGAAAAGCCAUACGUAAAACCUUUUCUGCUGUCCCAUUCCCACAACCUGCAACUCUUUGGCUUCGUCUUCAGACAACAUGAAACUUGACCAAUUGCAGUUGGCAUGAAAGCAUAAAUCCAACUUUGCUAAUUGAAACAAACUCUUGAAGGGCUCUCUCUCGUCUUUUUCUCUCGUAUAUGGCUGUACGUCCAAGCCGUCUUUUUUUGGUUUCCGGUCUGCGACCUCAACUCUAAUUGUCUUUGCUGGCCGAUUUAAAGCCACGUGCAGUUUGUAGUACCAACUUCUGACAGAACCACUGUGUAGCCAACAUAAUCCGCUACAAGCCAAUUGUUGGAAACAUGCAUCAUUCCCAUUUUUUGUAUUGUGUCAUUUCAAAAGUUUAAAAUCAACUUGACAAUCAACUUGUCACUUGAAUGGAAACAUGGCUACUGUAACACAAACAGGGUUUUUAAACAAUAUUUUCUUAACCACAGUUUGACGUCUUGAUAACCAGCCACCAUACCAUCAUUAAAUUGUUCUUUUUUAUCUUUCUAUAGUCUUCAGUUAAAUAAGGUCUUCGUAGAUCUCAACACUUGUUGAGUUUAAUGGAGAACCUUAUUGAAAAAUUCCCAAUGGUGCUCAGUUUUCCAUCGUUUUGUUCUGAUAAAACCCAGUGUGGAAAAGAAUGAAGAUCUUUGCUUCCCACUUUUUAAAUGGGUUUGCCAUAAUCACCCCAAACUGAGUUUUUCUCGGUGUAUUUAGAAAAUGUCUGUCUGCUGUAAUUAGGCCAACCGCUUCUGAUUUGGCUUGAUGUGAAAGAAAAAAGAAGAAAAAAAAAAGGAGCCAUUUUAACUUUUAAGGCCAGUCUGUAACUUUAUGUGCCUGUCAAAUGUGGAGAACCGCUGUGUGACUUCCAGCUAUUAUCUGAAAGUCGAGCGAAUUUAGUGAACGUCAUAGAGGAAGGACUGCAGCCUUGAUUGAUUGCCGAAACAAAAGUGGCAUCCAUGAAAAUAGAGAGCUGUUGCAAGUGGCACCCGGCGUGGCAGCUCGUCCGGUUCCUCUGGAUCAGCCAGCUUCUCCACUUAGACAGUUUAAUAUACCAUGGAAAGUUCUGUGAGGCCUGUUUAUUCUCGUUCAGCAUAUUGCUUUAAAACUCACAAGCUGGUCUGUUAUGUUGUACUGUUUUUUUUAAAUUAGCUUUAUAAGCUAUUCAAAUGUGACAGUUUAUGUUUUUAUGAUGUUAUUUAGUUUCACACCAGAAGGUUUAGUUUAAGGCCAAACUGCAGCCACGUAAAGGUUGUUAACACGCGUGAUUGGCACCGUUCUCAGAGGACUUAAAGGAGAAGUUUGACCUUUUUAGCAGGUUCGUUUCGAGUUAGAUGAGAGGAUUGACUUCGCUCCCAUGAUUGUCAGAUAAAUAUGAAGCUACAGCAGCUAGCCAGCUUAGGUCAGGAUAAGUUUAGCUAAACUAAGCUAACCUGAUUUUUUUUUUUAUGGCCUGCGAAAGUGAUAUUAAUCGCCUCGUCUACCGCUGAACCGGAAAGCGCGUCACCAAAACUUCCAAACUACGUCCUCGAGUCUCCCAGCGCAACGAUCCUCACAUUCCUCUCUGCGGCGGAAGUAGACGCACUUUUGACAGCGCAGAGUGAGGUUGCAGACUGUGCCACUGAAAAGCCAUACGCUACUUCUAUUGAAUAAAUCACUAAUAUAUGAGGUAAGUAAAUGGUUGUUUUAUUCUUGCCUAUGCUGGAUAUUGACCAUUAGCCCAGAAUUGGACAUUUCUACCUCCACAUCUCAGGCGCACAACGAAAAACAUUCUGUGUCCAUUCGCUUGCUUCUAAGGCGCUGACAUAUCAAAUUCUCAGCAACGUGCCAGAAAUGUCGACGCUCGGUGGAUCUCUGUGACAGAAUACGUAAUUCAUCGGUACCAGACUUUUAUAGUUGUACCCCCGUUGGCUUUGCUGUAGUUGCUUCUUCAACUGUGAUCGUGUUUUUGUUUUCUUCUGUUCAUGGUUUGUGCACCGUUAGACAAUUUCUUACUGUAUUUUUAGUGAUCGGGAGCUGAGCAAAAGUCAAUUGUUGAACAUGUUUUAAAGGUGCUAUGUGUAGUAUUCUCUUUUUAUUGUUAAAUUGGACCGUGGAUGUGACAAUUCAAACAUUACCUCUGAUGAUCUACUACUUAAUACUUCAUUGGUUGGAAAAGUCACUUGACUUGAUGACGUUGGUCUUGGGUGCUUCUUUUUUGGCAGACUAGUAGCUGAAUAUUCAGAAGCGACAAGGGGAGGAUAAUCAAAUUUGCUGCUAUUAGGCCGUUCAUAGUGAUUAUAAAGUGUAGCCUAUGUUAUUAUGUUAAGUAGUUUAAUAUUUAGUGAAAAUCCUACACAUAAUACCUUUAAGUGAAAGAUGCAUUAUGAAUUUACUCACAGUAAAGACAAGAGAUUUUUCCAAUUUGUGAUUUUAUUUAAAGAAAAUAUUUUCUGAAAAAAGUACAAAUGCUAACAAACAUUGCAGUUUUAAGAAUUGAUCACGCUUAAUUUGCUUUAUUAAAAGUGUAUACUCAUUGUGGGCAGUGUUUUAAGUAAUGUUUCAAUUUUGUUAAUUUAUUAAAUGUUAAAAUAUUCAAACUUUUAAAACACUUGGUACAAACAUACAGUAUAUAUUUAAAUAUGAUACUUUGCAUGUGCACUAACUGUUGGAUUAAACUGCAUUAAGUUGAAAUAAAAUGGGUUGGAUGCCCAAAAUGAUA